UUCCGCUUUCCUACUACCCCCUUACCUGCCUCCUCCCCAACAAAUCCAACCACACCUCCUCCUUCAUCUCCAACUUCCAGUCUCCCUGUCUGGUCAAAAUAACCAGAGAGCUACCAUUUAACACCAACACAAGAACCCCCAAUGGCAUAGCCUCAACCAAUCCAGUCCUUCUUCUAUUAUUCUUUCUCCAAAAAUGGGAAUCUGCACCUCUAAAAACCCCAACAAACCUAACUCUUACUCCCCGAGAGAUGAAGAUCACGGCGCCACUCAUCCUUCCAAAUCUCCACUCCCUGCCGCCACUCCCAUCUCCAAACCCUCACCCUUCUUCCCUUUCUACACUCCGAGCCCCGCCCACGGCCGGAAUAAGGACGGAAAUGAGAGCAGAAGCGUGAACUCUACGCCCAUGCGGUUCUUCAAGAGGCCCUUCCCGCCUCCCUCUCCGGCGAAGCACAUUCGAGCUGUGCUUCGGCGGAGGAAGGAGAAGAAGAAGGAGGCGGAGAACGAGUCGUCGAUCCCGGAGGAGGAUGAGGGUGAGGGGGUGGAGUUGGACAAGAGGUUUGGGUUCUCGAAGGAGUUUACCAGCAGGUUGGAGGUGGGAGAUGAGGUGGGUAGAGGACAUUUUGGGUAUACUUGUUCAGCUAAGUUCAAGAAAGGUGAGCUCAAAGGCCAGCAGGUCGCGGUCAAGAUCAUCCCCAAAUCCAAGAUGACAACAGCUAUUGCCAUUGAAGAUGUGAGAAGAGAGGUGAAAAUACUGCGAGCAUUAUCGGGCCAUAACAAUCUAGUGAAUUUCUAUGAUGCAUUUGAAGACCACGACAAUGUCUACAUAGUGAUGGAGUUAUGUGAAGGAGGUGAACUACUUGACAGAAUACUCUCAAGGGGUGGGAAAUAUUCCGAGGAUGACGCAAAGGCAGUUAUUGUGCAAAUACUAAAUGUUGUUGCUUUUUGUCAUCUCCAGGGCGUGGUGCACCGAGACCUUAAACCAGAGAAUUUCCUUUAUUCUUCCAACGAUGAGAACUCCCAGUUGAAAGCCAUAGACUUUGGCUUGUCAGAUUUUGUCAGACCAGAUGAACGGCUAAAUGACAUUGUGGGGAGUGCAUAUUAUGUAGCUCCUGAAGUUCUACAUAGGUCUUAUAGUACAGAAGCUGACGUGUGGAGUAUAGGUGUGAUAGCAUAUAUUCUUUUAUGUGGGAGUCGUCCAUUUUGGGCCCGGACUGAGUCUGGAAUUUUCCGGGCAGUCUUGAAGGCUGAACCAAGUUUCAAUGAGGCACCUUGGCCUUCCUUAUCUUUGGAAGCAAGGGACUUUGUAAAGCGUCUAUUAAAUAAAGAUCCCCGAAAACGAAUGACUGCUGCUCAAGCUUUGUGUCAUCCUUGGAUUCGGAAUUGUAAUGAUGUAAAAAUCCCUCUUGAUGUUUUAAUAUUCAGACUUAUGAAGGCAUAUAUGCGAUCAUCCUCGUUACGCAAGGCUGCAUUAAGGGCCUUGUCCAAGACGUUGACUGUGGAUGAACUCUUCUAUCUAAAAGAACAAUUUGCUUUGCUAGAGCCAAAUAAAAAUGCCAGCAUAACUUUGGAGAACAUUAAGAUGGCACUUAUGAGAAAUGCAACAGAUGCAAUGAAGGAGUCCCGCAUCCCUGAUUUUCUUCCCUCACUAAAUGCACUUCAAUACAGAAGAAUGGAUUUUGAAGAAUUUUGUGCAGCUGCAUUAAGUGUCCAUCAGCUUGAGGCACUUGAUCGUUGGGAACAACAUGCCCGAUGUGCAUACGAGCUUUUUGACAAGGAUGGAAACAGGGCUAUUGUCAUUGAAGAACUUGCUUCAGAACUUGGACUCGGACCCUCCAUUCCGGUUCACGUUGUUCUUCAUGACUGGAUUAGGCACACAGAUGGGAAGCUAAGCUUCCUCGGAUUUGUCAAACUGUUACAUGGCACUUCCAGCCGAACCCUGGCAAAAGCACAGUGAAGAUUAUCAUGUCCGUGAGCUGCAGAAAGCACUUAUUUUUCCAUGCUUCUUUGGCAAAACCAAAUGCAUGCCAGUUACCAAACACAGCAUGAAAAUCAUUUGAUGGUUUUUCGGCAAAUUCUCUCCCGAAUUCUUGGGAAUUCUUUAAAGAAAUUCAAACUGUAGAAUGUGCAGGCUCAGUGAUUUGUUUCAUUUGAAAACCACUAAAGCCGCGUUUGGCUUCUUAGGCUUUUAGCAAUGUAAAGAUGUAAUUAGUUCUUGUUUAAUGGUUUCUUGAGUAAUGUUUUUUGUCAUACACGAAUUCUUUCCUGUUAUAUACACUUUUAUUGCUU